CCCUCACCCAUCACACAUUUUGUCAUUUGAGACAAAAUAAACCACUCCCUCUCACCCCUAUCACCAAGCUCGACCAAGACCUCAAGAAAAGAAGAGGAAAAGCUCUCAAAACCACCUCCAUUGUUGCAGCACGAGCUCAAGAGAAAUUGGUCCAAGGAAGGAGGUUUGAGAAGGAAAAAGUUAGGAAAAGUGUGAAUAAUUAAGGAACUUGUGAAAGGUAUUUCAAGUGAUUUCACAAAGUUGGAAAAGUCGCCGGAGUUGUCGCCGGAGUUGACCAAAAGUCACCGGAGUUUCACCGGAGUUCAACCAAGAAGGGUAGAACUUCUUAACGCUAGUUCAAGGUUGAAGCUAGGGCUUGCUACCUGCACCUUUCUACGGGUGACAUCAAUCAAGGAAGACGUGAAAUGGAGGGCAGGCGAAUGCGGACCAGGAACAAUCCGAGGGGGCAGGCGCCGGUAACAUCCCAAAGGGGAAGCCGGGCUGCAUCUCGGGGUUCAAGAGGAGGCCGUGGAGGCCGUGGAAGCCGUGGAGGUCAUCAAGCUCAAACUGUGAGUGAUGGCCAUGUAAGCUCGGUGUAUGAAACCAACACCGAGGAUUAUGACUCUACGUAUGUUCCUGAGACAGAGCAUGAGGAGACCCCAUAUGAUGGGGGUGACACAUACACCGAUGAGGACAAUGAUGAAAGUGAUGCCCGCUUCGCCCAAAUGGGUGAAUUACUUGAGUGGUAUCAAAAGGAGAAACUGAGGAGAGACCUUAGGCGCCAAGCGAGGCGUGGCUCUCGUGGUGGUUCGGGUCAAGGGAGCCGGGGAGCUUCCGUGGCCACCCCAGCGGCGUCACAAGGUGGGCGUGAAGGAGGUUUUGUUGUGAGAAUCUCCAAGUACCUCAAGGAGGCUAGGGCCUUGGGGUGUAGGUCCUUUGACGGCACCGGUGACAUUACCGUUGCCGCCGAUUGGAUUAAGAAGGUGAAAGAUGCGUCAAGAGACAUGCAAAUCACACCGGACGUGAAGUUGACUGUCGCUUCACGGCUACUUGAAGGGAUAGCCUCUACGUGGUGGGAGAGCGUGG